UGGUGGUGCAAAGGGUGGUGAUACAGAAUGGAAGACACAGGUUUUCUUGUCUCCCUUCCAACUACCAUGCAUGCUUUGGACUGGUGGUUGCAGUUGGAAGUCCACGAAGCUUGUUGUCACUUCUCUAUGCCAAAACAAUUUUGUGUUUGUCAACAGACAAGUAGUUUGCAAUUCAAGGUAUAGGUGUUGAUGCCCAAGCUACUAUACCAAUGGAUGUGUAGAAAAAUAUUGAAUCCUAUGUCAAAAUAAUGGGCUCUCAUGGACAAUUAUGGUGGAAAGUGAAGUCUCCUAUAUUCCAAGCACACGACGAAAACAAAAAGAUGUUCACCAAAGGUCAGGAGGUCACAGAGACGCAAUCGAUAGAUCACCAACCUUUCUUUUAGAUACAAAGGCACCUGUCAUGGCAACACCUAUCUUUUAGAUACAAGCUAUUGGCUAUUACAUGAGCUCAUUGGAAAGGGAUGGCACAACUACCUUCUCAGUCAGCCAACCAUGAUCGAUGCAAAUUUAUGAAUGAAGAUGGAUCGUAGAAAAUCAUCCAAACGGUGUUCAGCUACGACGCAUACAAAUGUUGCAAGAACAAAAUGGCAUUGGAAUCGGAUUGAAUGGUCAAACAUGAAAACUCACGAGUUCGCACAGCCUUCGAAGUCAAACCUUUAAUUGAUGUUAGUGUGCACGAUUCCCAGUAACUUGUUGCGCUGAAACGACAAAGAGUUGACCUCAAUGUCAAGCAUAAAACUGGAAUUUGUGCCGAAGGUCAUCUUCCCCUUACCUCAAUGUCAAGCACUCUCUGUAGGAAUCAUGGAGGAGGGGGUGAUGUCGAAGUCACGGUAAUAAAGCAUCAUGCUACCUGUUUCGUCCGCCAUGACUUGGUAACCCUACACCGUCUGCGUUGUGCUUGAAUUGAAUCAGUUGACAAGUUGGAGGAAAGCUUUAUUCAGAGUCCACCGUCGUCGGACAUUACCGAGUCCACUGAACCCCCCUUGUCGACGAGACAAAUGGGAUGAGAUUGUUUGACCACGUGAAGACGACGUUGACCGGCGGCCCUCUUCAUGCAGAAGAGGAGAGGGCGAUAAAUAGAUGGAUUCCGAGUUCCCUGCAGCAGAAAGCUGGUCAUGGGUCGCAAGCUCCGCAGCCUCGUCGGCGCCCUCAAGGACACCGCCUCCCUCAGCAAGGCCGCAGCCACCGCGGCCGCUUUGUCCCCCUCCUCUGCCGCCCAGCUGGCCGUCCUACGCGCCACCACCCACCACCCUGCCGACGAGCCCCCCCACCCCCGCCACAUCCAGGCGCUCCUCUCCUUCGGCCACGGGUCCCGCCUCUCGGCUGCCUCCGCCGCCGGCGUCCUCGCCUCCCGCCUCCGCUCCACCGGCGAUCCCGCCGUCGCCUUCAAGUGCCUUCUCGCUCUCCACCACCUCCUCGCACGCGGCGCCUUCAUCCUCCGCGACCAGCUCCCGCCCGCCCUCCUCCGCCACCCCGCCUCCGGCCGCAACCCCCUCGUCCUCGCCGCCUUCCGCCACGGCUCCUCCUCCGCCGCCUCCUGGGCCCUCGCCUCCUGGGUCCGCUGGUACGCCCGCCUCCUCGAGCUUCUUCUCUCCGCCUCCGUCCUCCUUGUCUCUUUCCCCACCGCCCAUCGGCCCUUCGCCAAGCCCGACGACGACGACGACCGGGAACGGGUCACCUCCCUGCUCGACCAGGACCUGAUCUCGGAGCUCGACGCGCUCGUCGGGAUCGUCGAGGAGAUGGCCGGCGUACCGGAGAUGGUCGCCGUCGAGGGCAGCAGGCUCGUCGCGGAGGCGGUGAGGCUGGUCGAGGCCGAUAGGGUGGCCGCCGAGCACGAGAUCGAGAUCCGGGUCACGGAAAUGGAGGAUCGACUCGGUUCACUCCGCUUCGCCGAUUCUGUCGAGUUAGUCUGCUUACUGAGGCGGUUGGAGAACUGCAGGUAUCGGCCGUGGGAUCGCAAGCCGACGGUGGGAGAUUGGUUCUGGGCCGGAGUCCGGGACUUGAUGUACCGGGCCGAGAAGGUGGUGCUACGGAAGGAGGAAGAGGAGAGGCGGGUGAAGAGAGAGAAGGCGAGCGCGUCGGCUCGUGCAUCCGACCGCAUUCCGGUCGGGUCCAACCAGGCGGUACGGUUCGGAUCGACAAGGUGGGCGGACCGCUGACGAAGGCUACGUGGAGGACACCAAUCCCAUCCAACGAUGCUUUUAAUUGGGUUCUUCCAAUUCCUCAUCUCGAUCGUCCGAUGGUGCAUAAUCGGAGUGGAUCCGUGUCCUGCGUUGUAAAUUGAUGGAAUUGUAAGAUCCAUAGGGGGCGGUGGGAUUGUUGUUCAUUGGGACAAAAAGGUGAGAGUUCAAUUUUUUGUGUUAGUAGAAGGCCAUCAAGGGAGUGAUGGCAUCAUAGUGUAUAUAAUAAGUAUGGUGGUUGAGCUUGUUCUAGAAUAUGACAUUUUCUUUUUGAUUGGUUAGAAUUGAUGCAACAUCUCAUGUUCCAACAUCA